AUGCUCAACGGGCCUCUGUUGGUUCGCGGGUCCGCCCUGCGGGAUGAGUUCUCCUGUCCCAUCACCCGGGAGCUCAUGCGAGACCCGGUCAUCGCUGCGGACGGCCACACCUACGACAGGGAGGCCAUCGAAAUGUGGCUGAGGAACCAUGACACCUCUCCCAAGACUGGUCAGCCCAUGGAGCAGCUGUCGCUGGUGCCCAACCUGAAUCUGCGGCGGCUGAUCAAGGACCUCCUAGCGGAAGGGGGCGAGGGUCUCUACGUGUACCGGGUGGACAGCGAUGAAGAAGGCGACGGCCCCGGGGGGAGCAGCCGAGCGCAAGGAGGAGGAGGAGGGAGGCGGGAGAGGGGUAGGGAAAAGGAGGGCAACCGGGAGUACCGGUUCGCGCUCGUGACGGAGCAGAUUCUCGUUCUCAAGUGCUUGGGCCCCACGGACUCGGACUGGAACGACAAGUCCUUUCGCGUAACCGAGCGCGGGUGUGUGGGUGGACGCAAGCAGCCGGCUAUGCUUGCUGGGGCGGACUUCAUGCAGUUCUCGGAUGCCACCGUCAGCAGGCGCCACUUCGGCAUCAUCUUCGACAAAGAGGAAAAGCAGUUCUCGCUGUGCGACUUCGGGAGUGCAGGCGGGACGUUCGUUCGCCUUGCGUCAGGCGUGCCCACUCCGCUUUAUCCCAGCAUGAUGAUCAUGCUCGGGAAGCACCAGCUGGAGAUUACAAACGCGUGCCCUGAGGACGUUGAUGUAAAGGCGGUCGAUGCCGAUGGUGCGUCCAUCGCCGCGGAGGACAAGGGCGGCGACGACGCAUCGCGUUCGAGACCGUCGAGACCAGGCGACAAUGCUUCGGCGGCGGCGCGCAGCAGGGGCACGGCGGGAGUCAAGGAAGGCGCCACGACCGACCAGGAGGAAAGCGGCGGCAGGGGCGGGCAGCGAGAGCGGGCGCGCCCCACGAGCGCACAGUCAGCCAAGUCGUCGUCGUCGUCGAAGGUGGAGGAGGAGCUGUCGGUGCUUAGGAUCGGGGGGGCGGGAACGGGGGCGGACGGAGUCUCGUCUGCGGGGGAUGGCCCCGCUGGCGGCUUGCUCCUGGACAGCGUGGAGCACAGGGUGAGGCAGGACAGCAGCCGGUCGCCGCUGCCGCACGAGAACGCCGCUGGCGGGGAGGACGAUGCAAGCGUUUUGGACACCCCCCUGCAGGAUAAGCACGGAGAAGGAGAAGGAGGCGCCUCGGGCGACGAGAAGGAGCUAGAGGGGCUCGAGAGGUCAUUCGAGGCCGGACUUAAGCUUGCACGGGGGCACCGAAGAGUCUGCUUGGAGUGUUUCGCGCCGGAAGGGACCCCGAUACAGGGAAGCCGUUUCUUCGUGGGUAGAGAAGGGGCCACCCUCGGGCGGCGGCAGACCAACACCAUCGCCUUCUCCCACGAGUCUGGCGGGACCGUGAUGGGGAUAGACGCCUCCAUAUCGGGGGAGCACGCGAGGAUCGUGUACGACGAGGAAGGCGACUUCUUGCACAUCAUGGACGGCACCCCGACCAAGCCGUCUACGAACGGGACCUGGUUCCGGCUGAGCGGGAUGCACACGGAGAGCAGGCCGUAUCCCCUGUCCAACGGCGCCGAGAUCCUGAUCGGGACGGUUCGAUUCUCCGUGACGCUGGAGAGCAUGGUGGUCGAGAAGGAGCUUACCGUGGACAACCGAAAUCACUUCAUGUCCCUCGCAAAGGAUCAGGACCGUCGAUCCUCGCCGCCGUGGGGAGCGGGUAGACAAAGCGGUAGCCGCGGCGGGAGGGUCGACCAGGCCAACCGGUCGGGUCGGUGACUUGACCCACUUGUCGUUACACGAAGUGUGCUUCUUGUUUCCCUGACAUGCUGGCUGUGGAAGAGAGGGUGGGAGAGAUAGAGUGCAUCGGGAGGAGGGGGGGAUGGGAGGCCUCCUGAGAAUCAAGGUGGACGAAUCAAUCGUGUGCUUCUUUCUUCUUUUUUUUUGCUGUUGACUCGUUUCUUGUUUCAGCCGUGCGGUGUGAAUGGAUGUUGUUUUCUUAGACGAGCAGGGAAGGAAGGCGGUGGGUGGCGUACGGGCCUUUUUAGUUCCCACCGAUGGCCGGCGGUGUCCGGGGGGCAGUUGAGAUUGGGAGGGAAGUGUCGGAGGUUGUAUACCAUAUCGUAUGUUCUACGCUGCGUGGCGCCUACCUUUGUCUGUGCCACCACGAACGUGCGAUGAAUAAACGUGUACUCUAGGUCGGGGAAGAAGAUGGUUUGAAAUGUUUGGGUUGGUCCACACUGCUGCUUUUUUGCAUUUUUGUGUGCUGGUCUGGCGCACGUUCCAGUCGCGAUAGGUUUUUGUCCGGUGGGGUGUGGCUGGGUGAGUUUUUCGUCAAAUCAUGGGUUGCUGUUCGAAGGAUGCGUGCGUGUGCCAAUAGGACAGGAUGCGAGGGCUCGUUUUCGUCGGGCGUUCUCCGCGCGCUAGAUGAACUUUGUGUUGUACGACGUUUGUUUUCGUCUUUCCGCAUUUUUGUUUUUGCGUCUCCUGGUGGGGUAGGUGUGGUCUGAUGU